UCCGGCCGGACGAAACCUCCGUAGUCGAGAACGAGGAGACGGCGGCGGCGGCGGCGGCGGCGGCCCGAAGCUCAAGGAGACGGCGAGCAGCCGAGCGAACCCGCCAAGAAGUGCCGGCAAAAGGCGCCGUCAGUGAGGGCAAUAAGCGGGCUGGAGCCCUGGACCUUUUGUACUAUAGCGGAACGCGAGGGACGCCGCUGCCGCUGCCUCCGGCUCCUCCUCCUCCUGCUGCCAAACCAGUGACAGCUCAGCAGGCGAAGGAGGCGCGAGCCGAGCCCCUCUCGCCGAGGAGCCGCUGCCGCCGCCAGGUCCUUCCACUCAGGCGGGGGAAGCAGCCGCAGCCGCAGCUCCUCUCUUCCCCCUCACUCAAAGGCUGCUCUUGCCUGGCGCUGGGAUGCCAGCGCGGGUCCCCGAGUCCCGUGGCAGCCCCAACCCCGCCGUCGGUCUCGCUGCGGUAACCGCUCCCGCCUCCUCCUCCAAGCCGAGUCCGAAGGGGACGUCGCCCCCGCUGCUCCGCGCCGAGAGAUGAAGAGGCAGGGCUGGGGGAAGCCCAAUGCGCAGCUCCUGCAGGAUCGGGCGCGGAGCAAGACCGGCGACGGAGCAGCUGAGCGCGGAGGGCACCUCUUGGUGGGAGCUAUGCCGGAAAGUGCCGGGAGCCCUGGAGGAGCCGAAGGGACCCAGACAGCUCUGGAGUUGGAAGUCCCGUCUCGGGGAAGCUCUCCGUGCUCGGAGCAAAUGCCCGGGAGCACCGAAGUCUAUCCCGCCGAAGGAUUAGAAGGCUGUCCUGGGGAGGCAGCGGUGCAGUAUGGUGUGAGUUAUCCUUGUCUUCUGCGUCAAAACCAAGUGCUUCUGACAGCCCUAGAGGAGUUGCAGAUGCGCUGUGCCAGCCUGAAGAAGGACAACAGUCUGCUGCGUAAGACCUGCUUCCCAGAGACUCAGGAGAAGGUGAGGCAUUUGAAGAGGAAGAAUGCAGAGCUGGCGGUCAUUGCAAAACGUCUGGAGGAGAGAGCCAGGAAGCUGCAAGAGGCCAACCUCAGAGUGGUGAAUGCACCAAUAAAUGUGAAGAGCUCCUGUGCAGGACUGUGCAAAAGAGCGCUGGCACGCCAACGGGCCACAGAUCUCCAAGAACAAGCCAAUGCACUCCUGAUGAAAGACAAACAGAUCAAUGCUCUGCAGAGGGAAUGUCAAGAACUUCAAGCUAAAAUCAUGGGUGGAAAGGAAGGUCCUCCAUGUCUGCCUCUUCUAGAUUUCCAGCAUUUACUCCGAGAAUCUCAGAAGGAAGUGCUGCGGUUACAGAGACAGAUUGCUCUGAAGAAUUUUAAGGCAGCCCUGGAGCCCUGUGGUCAGGGAUCAGAAGACAUUUCUGUAGCUUUUGCAGUGGACUUGGGGCUCACCACAUCAGCCAGGACUACCUGCUCAAAUGGUUUUUCUCCUACAAGGGUAUCACAGCCAUGGGAGGAACUGUGCAUAGCAGUGGAGGAGACCAGCCAGUCAGAGACGGGACUGUUUCCUUUCGGAAGAGUACAAAGAAGUGAAGACACAUUGUUUUCUGCCCCUGAAGUCAAAGAGCAUGUGAAGCAUUUGGACUCUGAGCUCACAAAGAAGAGGAAGCAAUGUGAACAUUUGGAGCAUGAAGUAAAGAAGAAGCACAAGAGAUGUGCAGAGCUUGAGAUCGAACUGCAGGAAGUGCGGAGUGAUAAUGCCCGACUCUCUGAGGAGAAUGCCGUGUUACAGGGGCAAGUCGAGUGGACAGAGAAGGUUGAAUCUGAAAAUGCUGACUUAAGGCUGCAGGUUUCUGUAGUGACUGAGGAACGGGAUUUGGCUCUUCAGAAAACCCAGGAACUCCAGGACAGGCUGGAGAGUCUCGGGCAGGCACUCAAGCACAUGAGAGAUGUUGCAGAACGAAGGCAGCAGCUGGAACAUCAGCACGAGAAGGCCUUGCAGGCCUUGCAGAAGAAAAAAGAUGAGGUCCGACAGCUGCAGCAGGCUCAGGCUGAAGCUAGGAAAGAACACGAAGGAGCAGUGCAGCUUUUAGAGAAUUCCUUGGAUUCUAUGCAGGCCCGUGUGAGAGAGUUGGAAAACCAAUGUCGCAGCCACACAGAACAGUUUAACUUCCUCUCUCAGGAACUCAAUCGAUUUCGCCUCCAAACUGGAAAAUUAGGUCUUCCAUCCACUCCCUCCUUCUGUUCUUCCCUGGCGACUUCAGAGAUCGUCUUUGCUACUUGCAAGAGUUCUCCGCAGCUCCCCAAUGGCUUCAAGCAGAAAGAUCCCGAAAUUGUCCCUGUAUCUCCACGGAGCAGUAGAAAAGUUCAAGAUGAAGAGGUGGAAAGGUUCUCCCCUGUGGCACUUCGGCUCGUGGAUCCUGUGGUGUCUCCUGUGGCCCGAAGUCCAGAUACAAGCAGUCCCCCAGUUGCCUCAAAAAAAGCAAUCAAGAGGUUGGAAGCCCAGUCCAGCUCUUCCAGAUCUGAGUCCAUGCACAACAACAGCCCCAAAUCCUGCCCCACUCCUGAGGUGGAUACAGCCAGUGAAAUGGAAGAAUUGGACAUUGACAGCAUCUCAUUGGUACCUGAGCAGGAGAACCAUGAUCCAGUAAAACUUCAGGUCUUCUUGGCUCGAUAUAGUUACAAUCCUUUUGAUGGCCCCAAUGAGAAUCCUGAAGCUGAACUACCACUUACGGCUGGCGAGUAUAUUUACGUUUAUGGAGAAAUGGAUGAAGAUGGCUUUUUUGAAGGGGAGCUGAUGGAUGGCCGGAGAGGCCUUGUCCCUUCCAACUUUGUGGAGCGACUUGCAGAUGAUGACCUGGUUACUUUCUUGCCUCAGGAACUCCAUGAUCUCUCCCAAAGCUCCCCUCUUGAGCGGAGUUUUCUCAGCAUAAGUAUCAGCAGUGGAGAGAGAAGUGAUUAUUCCUCGGAGGAGCUCAAUGCCAGCACAGCUCCCUCUAGGCUAGAAGGGGACCAAGGAGAAGGAGGUAUUUCCAUUGCAGUGCCUUAUCCCAGAAAGGUGACUCUAAUCAAACAGUUUGCCUCUAGCCUCUUGGUGACAUGGGAUCCACCACUGGUGCCUAGUGGAAGCUGCUUGGAUGUCCAGAGCUACAAUGUCUAUGUGGACACUGAACUCCGGGAAAAUGUGAAGGCCAGUUCCCAGAUGAAGGCCAUGAUUGACAAACUGGACUUGAAAACAAAAGCCUAUCGUGUCUCCAUACAGAGCGUUUCAGAGAGAGGGAGCUCAGACAGACUGCAGUGCACGUUCCUGGUGGGGUGUGGUUUUGCCUUAGCUCCAAGUCAGCUCCAAGUGCGGAGUGUCAAGGCCACUUCCGUGGAGCUCUCCUGGAUAUCAAGCAACAGCAAUUUCCCACAUACCAUAUACCUCAACGGGGGAGCAUGUGAUAUAGUGAAGGCUGGAAUAUAUUGGUACACUUUUCGCAACCUGAACCCAAACACUUCCUACAUUGCCACAGUCGAAAUCCAGCCUCAACAGACUUUCUGGAAACCAUUCCCAGAGGUGGAGGAGCAGGUCUUGUCUGCAGAGAUCCAAUUCACUACACCUUCAGCAGGGUCUCCAGAUGCUCCGCUGGAUGUCCGAGUGGAUCCUGGCCCCACAUCUGGCAUUCUGGUCAUCAGCUGGUUGCCAGUCACCAUUGAUGCUGAAGGAUCAUCCAAUGGAGUGCGUGUCACUGGCUAUGCAGUGUAUGCCGAUGGACAAAAGGUGAUGGAAGUUACCUCCCCAACAGCUGGUAGUGUCCUGAUUGAGAUUUCCCAGCUGCAGAUUCUCCAGCUCUGUCAGGAAGUAACUGUAAGAACUGUCUCUCUUUAUGGCGAAUCGGUGGAUUCUGUGCCAGCUCAAAUCCCCUCGGCGUUGUUGGAAGAAGUAGACCGAUCUUCUGAAUCUCAAUUUCACUGUCACCCUUCCCGGCUUCUGGGUGGGGAAGCACAGGCUCUUCUUGUCACACGAACUUCUCAGGUUCCAGGGAAAGAACUGCCUUCUGCCACUAAGAACUCAGUUGCCAAACUCACCUUGCAGCCCACUAUUACCAGUGAAAAAUCUGGGGAUCACGUGCAUUCAGAGACAUCCUCCAGUGUCAAGGCUCCCUUGACACCAACAGUGCAGGCUGGGUCACCAGAACUUGGAACUCUUCCAAGAGAAGAAGAGAAUUAUCUUCUGCCCUCUGCAGGCAGUGUGGUGAAGGAAUAUCUGACUGUACUCAAGAAGGAGGAAUCUGGAGAAGACAACCAGGAACUGCUGCUCACUGUGACAAAACAGGAGCCACAUAUUUCAAGCAGUGGUGCUAAUAUCCUGGAGACCUUUGAAAGCUGCUCUGCAGAACAGGAGACCAAUGUCCCAUCCGAAAGAGAGCCAGAUAACAAUCAGAGCUCCCUGGAACCAAAGAUACCACCCAUGGACAGACCUUCCAUGCAAGAAGAAGACAGCACCAGGGAGGUGGGCCAAAGCGAAGGACAAACUCCAGAGUCUUUAGUUGAGUCUUCAGGGAGGAUGAAGCCGUUGAAAGAAGACUCCAGAGAUGAUUCCUCUCAGCUGGUGCCCAGGAUCAGAAGAGAGCAAGCGGAGAAAAGGUCAGAUCCAGGAAAUCGAUCACUAAAUCUUCUAACUGACCACAAUCGUGGUUCUGACCUUUCUGAUAUCACGGAGGAAGAGGAAGAAGAGGACGAGAAGGAGGAGGAAGAAGAGAAGCCAGUUUCUGGUAGGCCAGGGGAGAUGAAAUGGAAUCCAAGUGAAUAUGGCAGCAGAGAAAAUGGAGACAAGUUGGAUCUUGGUGAUACUGACAGUGAUGAAGAAAUCUUGGAACGGAUUCUGGAAAUGCCAUUGCAAAAAAAUUGCAGCAAGGCUCUAUUUAGUAUUCCUGAAGUGACUGAAGAGGAGGAGGAGCAAGAACAGGAAGAUGAUGAUGAUGAUGAUGAUGAUGAUGAUGAAGGCUGGGACCCGGUCCUAAACCAACCUAUUUCCAUCCCUCUGAAAAAGAAGACUGUGGGAAGCUUCCAGAGUAAGCUUCCUAAUCAUACCAGAAGAAUUCAAGGUCCUCUCUGUUCUUGGUCUAAAAGAAACCACAAUCUUUCAGAGCUGAUCUUACCUGAAAAGACCCUUCUACAGACGUUUAGAGGGGAGUGUAUGAAUGAAACGUCCAGUUGCUCUAGAAGAUGGGAUGGUGAAGAUAUGACCUAUCAGUGGGAUGAUCGAAAGAAACCAUCAAGAUCUCCUCUUUUGGAAUGGAGAAAAUCCAGUCAUUGCAAGGAGAAGACUCGUGUCCAACCCCAGGGACAUAGGAAGCGAAAAGGAGACAUCCGCGAGCCCAGUGUUUCUCUGCGGAGCAAUUCCUACUACACUGGAGGUGGUCUUUACAGAGCGCAGAGCCUCACAGAGAAUUUGGAUGUGAUCACCAACCUUGAGACGGAGGAUGACUUGAAGCUGUGCAGCUGGGCAGGGCAAAGGCCUGAUCAAAUUUCUUCAAGGAGAAUGAUGCCCCAAGAGAAAAGGGAGAAAGCUGUGCAAGGCCUCCCCCGCUGCCUCAGCCCAGAGAAUUUGGAGAUUGACAUUGAGUAUGAUUCAAAUGAGGAAGAGGAUUUAACCAUCACUUCCACGCCAGUGAGCCUGUUGAGUUCAGAUGGGAGGGCUGAUGGAUCACCAACAGAUUGUGAGGAGGAAUGGAGUGACUGCUCCAGCCAGUCAGGAUCAGUCCAAUCCAGUGGGCGACGAGAACUGAAGCGAUCCAAUAGUUGGGAGGGAGAGAGCACGGAUUGGAGCACAUCUCCCAGCCAUUCAUCUGGACAUGGUGGAUGGAGGAAGAAGGUCAAUGGUGGCCCAGAAGAAUGGAACAGGACUCGGGAGAAAAGUCCCUCUGUCUUGGGAGCCAGGCCAGAGCAGGCUUGGAAGGAGGGCCCACUUGGGCAAACAUGGGUGACAGGUAGUCCCGGGUUGUUGGACUCAACAUCUUACCAGACCCCUGUCCAGAGAGACAGAAGAUCUUCGAGAAAAAGUCAAGAAGGGACCCCACCACUCAGUAGAACUAUUGGAACUCGGAGGAGUGAAUCAGCAGAUGACAAGGGCUCAGCACGUCUGUUUGUGGCUCUUUUUGAUUAUGAUCCUGUUUCGAUGUCCCCUAAUCGGGAUGCUGCCGAAGAGGAGCUCCCAUUUCAAGAGGGCCAGAUUCUGAAGGUCUAUGGUCACAAAGAUGCAGAUGGCUUCUACAGAGGGGAAUGUGCAGGAAGAACAGGGUUCAUACCCUGCAACAUGGUGUCUGAACUCCGGGUGGACAGUGACAGUGCAAGAAAACAGCUGUUAGAAGAAGGCCACAUUUCUACUGAUAUGCUGAUGGAAAGUCUAGGGAAUGGUGCAUUUUCUCCCCCUCCAUCGCACCCAUCAAAUCGCCCUUCAAAGCCUCGACGGUCUAAGAAAGAAUCAAUCAGGCUGGAAGAUCAGGUUCCUGAUUUAGAAGCACCUGGAAAGCAAAAUCUGAGUUCUGAGGACCCUGUAAGAACAAUGGUGGCCAUUUUUGACUACAAUCCCCAAGAGAAUUCUCCUAAUCCAGACACCGAGGUUGAGCUCAGAUUUUGUGCUGGGGACAUUGUGACUGUGCUCAGUUCCAUGGAUGAUGAUGGGUUCUACUAUGGGGAGGUAAAUGGACAGAAAGGUCUUGUUCCAUCUAAUUUCCUGGAAGCUUUGCCAGCAGACGGAGCACUGGCAAGUGAGCCAAGCCUUGGAAGGCAGCGAGUGAGAAAAAGAAGAAUCCAGUGAUGCAUGUGAGAAAGUCAAGAGAAGAGAGAAAGGCAGAGAACAAUCCUCGGUAUCCAGUAGAUCAUCUGAUACACCUUCCAUUUUUGCUUAGCACCUGGACCGUCCACUGCCCCAACACUCAUUGGGCCUCUCAAUCCUGAGACCUGCCCUUCAGAGUAAGAAGAAGAACAUAUUCCUGAAGGGAGGGAAAAUCCACCCCAGGUCAAGCAAGAAGAAUGGUGCUGAGCUCAGCUGCCAUAGAAUGUUGCAGUAAAAAAGAAAUGAAUCAUGAUGUAAUCCACAAUGGCAUUUUAUUUCCAUGGAUUGCAAGAUAUGUCAAGUGGUUUGGGAAGCAAGUAUAAGCUCCAGAAAGCGGGUUCUGUAGAGACAUCUUGCUCACAAUCUCUUCUCCAGUGUGUGGUAUCGGCUGAAAUAUAAUUCAGUGGAUGUUCCCUAUUUUACCUUUCUUCCAGAAAAUAUCUCCCUUGUUUUGGAAAUCAAAGCUUCUUUCUUAGGCUUUUUCUCUCAGCAUAUCACUUCUCUCGAUCCUUUCUUUUAUCGCCUCUUCCCAAUCUGUUGCAAGUGGACAUUUUUUUCCUCUAGGAAUUGUCCUUCCCAGAAAGAAUCGGUCAAGGAUCUAAUUUGGCUGGGUGUGGCUGAAGGGUGAUUGAAUAUAUAUUAUCUGGGAGUUCCUGCCCAAGAGCCUUCAUGUUUGCCAGUGGAAGACUCACACAGCUGUCUUCGUAUGGAUUCUUGUUUUGAUACAGCGACUUCUCUUUUUGUUGUACUCUAAUGCUAAACUGGGUAUCUUGCACAUUUCUGCCCCUGAGUAGAAAUCAGGGCAUUUACCAUUUGAUGGUAAGUUAAGGACUUAUUGAUUGCCUUCAGGUACAUAAUUCUUGUACAGUACCACUUGAUAAAUAAUUUACUGUAAUAAUACCACUAAUCAUUCCUUGGACAUCAAAUGUGAUCAACAAGCAUUAGUGGAGUGCAUAAUACCAGACAUGUCACUGGAAGGGGAAAAAAAUCACAAAAUUGUGUCUCACUAACUUUGGCCAUGUCAUGCGGGGGAAUUCAUUGGAGAAAGCAAUUAUGUUGGGAGGAGUUAGUGGUAAAAAGAAAGCAGGCCACCGAAGAACAUGAUGGCUGGAUAUGAUCAACGCUAACACCAACCAGAGCGUAGAAAAACUCGAAGAAGUUGUGCAAGAUUGGAAGAUGUGGAGAGGCCUGGCCGAUAGACUCGCUAAGAUUUGGGCACAAUUGAAUGGAUAAUAUCAUCAUCAUCAUCAUCAUUGCUAAUCAGCUGAUGGAAUUUUACUUAUCCUUACCUUUCUCACAGUUUUUCCUGGAUUACAUUCAAACAAUUUGAAACCUCUGAAUAUAAAAUCUCAUUAAUACGUUGUGUCAUCCUAUAAAGUACCAUAUAUGGGGAAAACAUAACUUCUGCUCCAGGUAUGUCCUGGGAGCUCCCACAAUGCCAGUUAAGAUGUGGGGGAAGCCUCUCAGAAGCAUCCAAAGUAUCCAGCUACUCAAGAUCUUCUAGGAAAGAGAUUUUUUUCCCCCCUGCCCUACAUUCCUGCUUCCAAUCUUUGCGUUUUCAUUAGGGAGGCUUUGACAUGCCCACCGUCUUUUGGUCCACAGAUUGUUACUGGCUAAAGGUGAGAGAAUCAGAAAGCCAGGCUCAUCCUCAGUUAGGGAGUACUCUCAUCCUCCAAAUAGUUGAAACAUGUCCAAACUUGAGAUCAUAACAUUUACCUGAUACAUGGAGAACAAAAUCCCCCAAAAUACUACCAUCUAGUAAAGCAUGGAGAUGGUGAUUAAACAGAUUUCUGGCUACAGAUCUGUAGAAUGUAUGCAGCUCGAGAAGAGUUCUAACAGCCCAUUUAGAACUUCUGUGCUAGAUAUGCAGCUUAAGUAAGCUUUCUGUUUUCCCUAGUUAGAUUCUCUGCUCAGAAUGUAAAGGUAAUAGGUCUCCUUGGCUAUUGCCUUCAGCUAUUGGUAUUCACAGAUACACUACACCUGAAAGAGAGAGGUUUCAUUUCAUCUAAUCUCAAACGAUCUCUUAUUUUUGUUCCAUGAAGUUAACUAGUUUCUCCUUUAAUACCAUCUAAGCCUAUGAGCAUUAACACAUUGUGCAAUAUAAAUUAUGUAUUUUGAGAAGGUCUCUGUCCUGAAUUUAUACUCUGUCAACAGCAUUGUUGGAUUCCCAAUGCUGGCAUUUUGAGUUUGGAAGAAAAGACUGUUUCAACCUUCGCUAAUUUGCCAACUUCCAGAUUCAUUGGGACUACAGCUUCCAUUCCCAACUUUGAACAUUGUGAGUGAAAGUCCUAAGAAUUUCAAUCCCAACAACUCUGGAGAGUACCUAUUUUAUGGAAAGCUGCUCUUUCUCUUCUAUGCCCCCUGUAUAAUUUAUAAUCCUCUGGAGUUUUUGCUUCACAGUUGCCUAGAACAAUUCUUGACCACUGCCUAUUAUUGACAUUGAGAUUGCCAGUUGACCUUGACUUAGCUUAAAUGGACCAUCAAUUGGGUUGCAUUUUCUUCAUUUCAUAAAAGAUGUUCAACUCACCCUUAGCCUAUGCCCAAGAAUAUAUCAAAAUGCAGAUUGUACUGUAUUAUGGAAACAUAACGCUUUCUUUAAAAUAGCUCUGAAUGGCAUCUUGAUUCUUUUCUUGAUAGAAGACUUCUUUGCCAGGUUCAAAGUUGGACCUAAAAUUGGAACCAUGUUCUUAUGAAGUGAAAUUCUGAGGUGAAUGUCCACUACUGAAGAAACAGAGAGAGGGGGAGAGGAAGAGAGUGGGGGGGGGGAAAGAGAGAGAAUGGCUAAGUUGGAUUAAGGUGUUGAUAUGUACAAGUAUGAGAGUGUAUUCUUUGUCCCUGGUUAUUGGCAUUCUAAACUAAGAAGGCAGCCCAGACUCGACUGGUGUCCUUCUCCUGUGGUCUGCCUUUUGUAAGAUUUCCAGCUGCUGAACAAGCAGCUCUAAUGGUGAGGGUCAGUGGGCACUGUGCCAGCCCAUGUGCCUAGCCUGUGGGAAGGGGUACCUCUUAUUCAGAGGUGACCCCAUUUCAUGACUGAGAGAUUUGUGUGUGCGUGUUUUAAUAAAUGUGUCCCCCAUUCUUGCAGCCAAUGUACCUCUGCAUGUUUGUUGGGAGAAGGAACCAUUCUUGUUUUGUUCAGUAUGGAUUAUUGAGAGGGGACGUUGGAUGAGCUAUGUUUUUAUUUAAAAAAUAAUAAUUUAUUAUAUUAAAGUCUAUUUUCACAAAAAAUCAA